GGGUCAGCAAAAGACAUCUGGGCAGAAGUGCACGAACUGAAGAACAUACCCGUCGCAAAAAAUCGCACUGCGCGUCAAGCGGGUUAUGGAGGCGGUGGAGGUGAUGCCGGUGUCAGCGGUGGCUCCGUAUCACAAGGAGGCGCUUGCGACGCAUGCUGUUUGCCAGGGCCCCAGGGACCAGCUGGCCCACCCGGUAAACCUGGAAAACCCGGCAAACCAGGUGCUCCUGGCCUACCAGGCAAUCCUGGCAAACCACCAAGCCAGCCUUGCGAACCAAUAACGCCACCUCCAUGCAAACCAUGUCCAGCAGGACAACCUGGCCCGCCUGGGCCCCCUGGUGCACCUGGCGAACCCGGAGCACAAGGACAACCAGGAACUCCCGGAGCAGAUGCAGCACCAGGCGAACCCGGACCAAAAGGACCGCCAGGACCAGUUGGAGAACCCGGACCGCCAGGACCACCAGGAGACGCCGGAGUACCUGCGCCAAGUGAACCACUCGUCCCCGGAGAACCUGGACCAGCUGGUGAACCUGGGCCACCAGGGCCACCCGGUCCACCAGGACAACCAGGCAGCGACGGUGCACCCGGCCCAGCAGGUCCGAAAGGACCGCCGGGACCAGAUGGGCAGCCGGGAGCAGAUGGUGCACCCGGGCAACCUGGACCCCCUGGACCUCCAGGAAGUCAAGGUGAAAAAGGUAUCUGCCCGAAAUACUGUGCUAUCGAUGGCGGUGUAUUUUUCGAGGACGGUACGCGCCGUUAA